AUGGCAGAAGAUGAACCUGAUGCUAAGAGCCCAAAGACUGGGGGAAGGACUACCUCAGGUAGUGCUGAGGCAGGGGAACCCACCACCCUUCUUCAGAGGCUCCGAGGUACCAUUUCCAAGGCCGUGCAGAACAAAGUAGAGGGGAUCCUGCAAGAUGUACAGAAAUUCUCAGACAAUGACAAGCUGUAUCUCUAUCUUCAGCUCCCCUCGGGGCCCAGUACUGGAGACAAAAGCUCAGAGCCAAGUACACUCAGCAAUGAGGAGUACAUGUAUGCUUACAGGUGGAUCCGCAACCACCUAGAAGAGCAUACCGACACCUGCCUGCCAAAACAAAGUGUUUAUGAUGCCUAUCGGAAGUACUGCGAGAGCCUCGCGUGUUGCCGCCCGCUCAGCACAGCCAACUUUGGCAAAAUCAUCAGAGAGAUCUUCCCUGAUAUCAAGGCCCGAAGGCUUGGUGGCCGGGGCCAGUCCAAAUAUUGCUACAGUGGCAUACGAAGGAAGACCUUGGUAUCUAUGCCGCCCUUGCCUGGACUUGACCUAAAGGGCUCUGAGAGUCCUGAAAUGGGCCCUGAAGUAACCCCAGCACCUCGGGAUGAGCUGGUGGAAGCAGCCUGUGCCUUGACCUGUGACUGGGCUGAGCGAAUCCUGAAACGGUCCUUCAGUUCCAUCGUUGAGGUUGCCCGCUUCCUGCUACAGCAGCAUCUCAUCUCUGCCCGAUCUGCACACGCCCAUGUGCUCAAAGCUAUGGGACUCGCUGAAGAGGACGAACAUGCCCCUCGAGAACGGUCAUCUAAAUCCAAGAAUGGGGUAGAGAACCUGGAGGGCGGUUCUCAUAAGAGACCAGAGAGACAGGCCCAGCCUCCUAAAGAGCUAGACCCCCGGGCUGGGGCUGGCCCCUCUGCACGUGGAGAGCGAAAGAAGAGUGUAGUGGAGAGCCCAGCGCCAGUGGCCAAUAACCCGCAGGUUAAUGCCCUAGUGGCCCGGCUGCCUCUGCUCCUCCCCCGGGCCCCUCGCUCACUUAUUCCGCCAAUCCGAGUCUCUCCACCCAUCUUGGCCCCCAAGCUUUCUUCAGGCACUCUGAAAAUGGCUGCACUGCCUCUGCCCAGUAGGGCUGGGGGACCCCAAGCAGCUGUUCCCAUCAUUAACAUGAUCUUACCAACGGUUCCUGCUUUGCCUGGGCCUGGGCAAGCUCCCCCUGGGGGGCUCGCUCAGCCAAGGGGUGCAGAGAACAGGGAAGUGGGCAUAGGUGGUGACCCGGGACCCCAUGACAAGGGUGUCAAGAGGACAGCUGAAGUGCCUGUGAGGGAAGCCAGUGGGCAGGACCCUCCAGCUAAAGCCACAAAGCAGGAUCUAGACGAUACAGGAAGUGAUGCCAAAAGAAAACGGGGGCGCCCUCGAAAAAAAUCAGGUGGAAGUAGGGAAAGGAAUUCUACCCCCGACAAGUCAGCAGCUACUGUGGAUUCAGCCCAGUCCUCAAGGUUACCACGGGAUACAUGGGCCUCUGGAGGGGAGAGCAACUCAGCUGGAGGGUCAGGAGGGCCAGGGCCAGUGGGAGAGGCUGAGAAGGGCGUGCUUGCCCAAGGUCAGGAGGAUGGCACUGUUUCCAAAGGAGGAAGGGGCCCCAGUUCCCGUCAUGCCAAAGAAGCAGAAGAUAAAAUUCCUCCUGUCACCCCCAAAGUGAGCGUCAUCAGGGGCAGUAGAAGCCAAAAGGAGGCUCUUCAUUUGGUCAGGGGAGAAGUAGACACCUCCACACAGGGAAAUAAAGACUUAAAGGGGCAUGUGCUUCCGAGCUCCAUGCCCCAUGAGCGAAAAGACCCUAAAGCGGCACCCCCAUGA